GCUGUCUCUUUGAUGUUGUCAGUUGUCAUUUUUCUUGGCUCAUCACUUUGACUGUAGAUUAGUGUGUCGUCUGUCAUUUUCUGUUGUUUUGGCAUUGCGUUUGUUAAAAGUGACCUAGAAAUAAUAUUAUUGUUGAGUAAUAAGUUACUGUUCGUUUUUUCAAGAUUAAACUAUCAAAAUUUCAUGAACACAUUGGCAAAUAUCGAAUGAUGUAAUGAUUCGCGGAGACGUGACACCGCGACGUCGCCUGAGCAGCGAUGAGCGGGAGAGCCGCAUCCCGGUGCCCAGUUCGCCCAUCUUGCGUCGGUCUGGCUCGGUACGCUCUGGCACCUUCUCUCCCAUAGCCGAGCAUGCGCGCAACGGCAUAAGCACCAUCCCCACCACCACCAGUCGUACGCCGCCUCUCAACAGGCAUCGCAGCUUGCAAUGUUUGAGCACCCCAGUUAGCGCGUGCCUCAGUCCCGACCGGGAUGAUGACAUGGACUCUGUGCAGAGCUUCGGCAGCAGUGCAGGCAGUACGGCGUCGCAGUGUGACCACGCCAGUUUCGCUCGCAACGGCACCACCUACAGCGGCCGGCAUCGCCGCUUUGUCGUGCACUGCUCGCCGCACUCCCACCCUGACGCCGGCCACGAGUACCUCACGCCCACCCAGCGCGCAAACCUCACCAUUCGCAAAUUGAAGCAACUGCUUCAAGACAAACAAACAGAGCUGACUGACAAGGAGAGGGAGAUAUUUCGUCUGACCAAGGAGGUGGUUGAACUGCGACUGGUGAAGGCUGGCUCCACAAUCGAUGUGACCGCCAAACAGAACGGGUCGCCAUCGCCAUCUACACCCAACAAGUCAAUAUUCAAUGAUUUGUCGACUCCCUCCACGCCUGUGCUUAGCAAGCAGCGUGUCAACGGCACUGAUCAAAGCAACUCUCCUUCGGCUGUUGAUGGGGUAUCUCCAUCACCGGCCGCUGUACUCGCCGACGUUCCGGCGUCUUUGGUCGACUCGGGCCACUUCGAAGACCUGAACAGCAGCAGCGGAAGCUGCGUCCGCGACCAUGACCGAGAUCGUAGCCACGAUCGUAGCCGCGACCACGACCGCGAUCGCAGCCGCGACUGGCCGCACAGUCCGCACAGCUCACCACCCGCCACCGCCCCAUCACAAACCGCCGUCAUUGACAGGAUAAAACACCAUCACGAGGAUGUGCUCAGGGACGUAAACGAGAAACAUCGUCUAGAAAUCAACCACCUCAAAAAUAUUCAUGAUGACCUACUAGUUAAGUUCAAGGAACACCACAGUGCCGAACUUGUGCAGCUCAAAGAAAGUCAUAAUGCCGGAUUGAGCGAACUUAGAGAAAGGCUUAAUGCCGAACUUAGCGAACUGAAAGAGAGGCAUAACGCUGAAAUCAGCGAAAUGAAAGGAAGGCAUAAUGAUAAAGUGGAUUCUCUACUGCAGCGAAUCACGGAAGCGAAUGACAGGUUCUGUGAACUUAGGCCCAAGUUGGAGGAAGCUGAGAGUCGAAUUAAGUCACUGUCAGUUGAGAAUGAAGAGCUCAAACGAACUCACCAAGAAUCUGAAGAGAAACAUAAAGCCAUCUAUCUUGAAAUGUACAAUAAAGGCCAUGAAGCAGCCAAACUUGAGUCUGAUAUGCAUCAAGGAAACGGAGAUGCUGGUAGCAAUAGCGUCAUGACUGAAAAUGAAAAACUCCUCAAAGAGCUUAACUUAACAAAGAAGGAUCUAGAAAAUGUCAAGGAUAAGGAUUUCGUGUCCUCUCAGAAUUUACUUAGUGCAAAGGAAGCUAUAUCCCUCUGGAAUCUUGUCAGGAAGGCCAACUAUCGCAGACUGCAGGAAUCGAGACAGAGUGUGUCACAACAAGACCCGGAAAUCACUCUCAACUUUCUCAAAUCGGCUGUUUACUACUUCCUCACCGACAGAGAAAACUCACAGCGACACCUUUCGGCGAUUGAAAGUAUUUUAGGCUUCACUGAUAAUGAAAAAAUGAACAUUGAAAAAGCUUUUCUGUGGAGGUAGUCAAGUAUUCUACACUUUUAACACCAAAAAUAUUAUUAUUCGGUUUUUGAAUACUCUCACAUUGAGGUUGUAGAAAAUAAUAUAUGGUAAUCAAUUCACUUAAGAGUGAUAAUACUCAAUCACAACCAGAAGUAUUUUGAUUUUGAGAAAAAAACUUGGUGUUUUGAUUUGAACAUAUUCGCCAUUAAAUUUAAAAUCUUUUUCAUCUAGUUUAUUGGAGAGACUCUAUCUCUUCAUUUGGACAUUUCAAAAGUAAUCAACAGGCAACUGAAAUCAAACAAUGCAAUAAGUUAAAUUCAAACUUUUAUUAUAUCGGAUCAUUUGCAAUGUUUUUUAUUACAGGUAGUAAUGGAAGAUUCUCCCAGUAGGUAUUGAAGUUAUAAUUUUAUUGAAUUUCUAAAGCAAUUCAGCUUUUUGCUCCAAGCAUGACAAGCAUUCCAUAUGAGGGAAUUAUUGGAGUUGAAUGAACCAUUGCUCUUUUAUUACAUAAUUAAUAAUGACUAUUAAUAAUGUAAUUGUAGUUUUUGAAUACAUAUAUCUAUCAUGGUAUUGUAGUUUACGGUAAUUGAAGUUUCAUUCAAGAAGAUAAUUAUUAUCAUUCUCUUGAAAUUGCUAUUGCAUUUUCAAUACAUAAUAUUUACAGUUUAUUUAUAUGUUUAAUAUUUUGACUGUCAGAACAACUCUUUUAAUUUAAGACUAUGACUAUAUGUUUCAUUUAUCAUUGUAAUUGUAAUGAAGUUGAAAAUGGAAUUGAAAUGCUCUGAAAUGAGUUUUGUUAAUGCUCUUAAAAUAAACGCUUUACCAACCUUGGAAAAGUCUGAUUCUAAAGUAAGUCCAAAAUUAAAGUAAUUGAAUCUUAGCCUUGAAGAAUUCCAUCCUGUCAAUUAUUUAACGUUGAAUGAAGAUGACUUGCUGCUAUAACUGAGAUGAAAUGUUCUCAAAGAUGGGUCUCUGAUAAAUGGUGCUGUUCAUACGUGUAAAAUAUUAUAACUGUUUCAAUUAAAUACAGUGAAUUUACUAAGAUCAUUGAAGCUCUUAUAUUGUAGCUGACUAUGAUAAAAGACUUAGUAGCUAUGUAUCGUUCAAAUUGAUUACUUUGAUUCAUAUCUCAUGAAUCUGUAAAGAGAGCUGAAUUUAUAAGUUGAAAUUUUAUGAUAAUAUUGUGCGUGCAACUAAAUUUUGUUGCAGCGAUCGAAUUAUUUUGAAUACAGGUGUCAAGACUUAAGUAAUGCUCAAUUGAAACCACUUCAAGGCAGCUUUUAAAAUAAUUAUUCGAGUUUUAUCUAUAGUUUUUCGAUAAUACUCUAUCAAUGUUGCAAAUUAUAUUUUGAAGAUCUUCUGAUAUCAAACAUGAUUCUAUGUUAUAAUGUAUCAUGUGCUAUUGAGUUUUCCUGUUCUCAGGUUUUAUCUUUAUACUAAUUCAGUAUUCGUAAUAUAAACAUAAUAUAUUUCAAUUCCAGAUCGCGUCUUGAGAAUAUUACUUUUUUUAUUCAUCGUUGUUCUAAAACGUCUAACUUACACUGAAGUCGAUGCAAACACUGUGGGUUGUAUUAAAUAUUUGAAACCACAAAGGUUUUCCAAUGAUAAUAAUUGAAUGAAAUACUUUUUUUUAUAAAAAAAACAUCUCUAUGUACAAUUUUAAUCAUUAUUCAAUUAUCAACUAUGAAUAUAAGGAAAUCUUUUAGAUAGAAUAGCCAUAUUCACGGUCGCUAAUGGAUUACCCAUAAUGCAAUUGAACGUGUAAGUUAUAUUAUCAUACUUAUGUAACUAUUGAAAAAUAUUCACGGAAUGUUAUAUUCACUUUUUGUAGUUGAGAAGUUGAUAUUGUGGUAAUUAUCCAUAUUAAAUAAAUAGACUAAGAAAUUGUCAAAAACCACAGAUUUUAUUGAUAGUUGGAAAAACCGGUUUCGGUUGUUACACCAUUGUCAAUCUCUGAGUUUAUCAGAAUCACAAUCAAAAUGGAAUUCAGAGAGUUUAUCUGAGUUUAUCAGAGAUUGACAAUGGUGUAACAACCGGAAGCGGUCUUUUUAACUAUCAAUAUAAUCUGUGGUUUUUGACAAUUUCUUAGUCUUCUUAUUUAAUAAGAAUGUUAUAUUGUACGCUGUACAAAAAUAUUAAAUAUUUUUGUUUUUGCGAUUUUCAAAUUGCGACGUUAUACUUUCAGUAGCUGCAACACUGAUAUUCUUUGCAAUCCUAUUUUGCAAUAACAGCAUCUACUUAUUGUGAUAAUGACUAUCCUAGAUCGAAGACUGUACUGGUGAUAAUGUAAACUACUUGUAGAGAAAAGGGUUGUGCUUUCCUAUUUAUUUGCUACAAACAACAUUGUAAAUAUUGUAUUAUACAUUUUGAUUGUGAUAAAUUUACUUCGAUUCCUCAUUUAUACUACAUGAGUAUCCUUCAAUUUUAAACCAAAAAUUUUAUUGAAAUAUCGGGUUUAUGGUUCCACGUGUGAUCUUAUCUUUUAGUCUAGGAUGAACUUGUGAUGUUUCACUGUUUCGAUUUGUGUGUGAAAUUGUAUUGAUGUUACCUUGAAAUAAAUUUUCAUUCAGUGCAAUAAA